ACGCGCCCGCGUAUACUAAAAUCCGCACCCCAUUUUUUUAAACAACUGCUAAUUUGGGACGCUCGAGCUCGCGUAAGUCUAAUUUAGCAGCCCAAUUUUUUAAUCGAAAAACUGCACUUCGGGCGUUCGAAUUUCAAAAUCCGAACCACGGACACUAAAAAAAAGUGAGACUGCUAAGUUCGGACGUUCCAAUUUUAAAAUCCGAACCGCGAAAAAAAGUGACUUAAGUACUUAACCCUAGAAUAGCCUCUGCGGAAAAAAGUAACGUAGACAGUGAAGUGUGUGAGCGUCGGAGUAUGAGAUAAUAGGAUGACGAUGCUUCGCGACGAGGAGGGCAGCGGGGAGGUGGAUGUGGUGGGGAUGGAGGAGCCGGCCCCCGUCGACCUGACGCUGGGGCUGACGAGGCCCGCCAGGCCCGCCAUCGCCUUCUCCGUGGAGAACAUCCUGGACCCCACCAAGUUCACCGGCCGCUCGGAUAGAUUGGAGGAGCAGUAUUGGCGGCCGCAUUAUGACAGAGAUGACAGUGAUUCGGUAAAAGACCACCUGCACUCCGAAGAUGGUGACGACGUGGAGACGGACGACCAGACCUCCAACAUGGACGACGACCUACUCACAUCAGACCUCGACGACCCCAAGAGCCCUAGCUCGAAGAAGGGCAAGACGUCUCGCGACUCCAAAGGCGGGACGAAGCCGCGUCGCGCGCGCACCGCCUUCACGUACGAGCAACUCGUGUCGUUGGAGAACAAGUUCAAAACGACGCGGUACCUGUCCGUCUGCGAGCGACUCAACUUGGCACUCAGUUUGAGCCUCACCGAGACUCAGGUGAAAAUCUGGUUCCAGAACCGGCGUACGAAAUGGAAGAAGCAGAACCCGGGGAUGGACGUGAACUCCCCCACCGUGCCCCCGCCGGCCGGGUUCGGGGGUUCGUACCCCGGGGUACUUUACCCCCACGGGGUGUAUCCCUUCUCCGGUCCGGGGUACGCGCCGUACUUCCACAUGGCAUCACAUAGCCACUCGCUCGGGCAUUCGCACUCGUGAUCCCGGGAGACGUAAGUUGUAGAUAGGACUUGGCGGAUCGGUACAUACAUGUGUUUUGUGA